AUGACAGGCCUCAUGAAUGCUCUUCGGGCGCAGGGGAAUCAUGUUUCUUCUGAGGGCGCAUCAAUUGUGAAUGUCACUAAUUUAGCCGGCGUGACUGCGGUUCCAUUUGCCGGUGUCGCAUAUACAGCCAGCGAACAUGGGGUGGUGGGAUUGACGCGGAAAAUGGCACAGCUUUGGGCUGAGAGGAAUAUUAGGGUGAAUUGCGUGCCACCGGGCACGAUUUCGACACCGCCAUUGGAGAAAGCAGUGAAACAAGGAAAUAUUCAUAUGGAACAAAUACCAGCAUUACGCAGGCUGGGUACUGCUGAAGACACUGCGUAUGUAAUUGCGUUCCUUCUAAGUCAAGAAUCUCCCUUUGUGACGGGCUCUACCUAUAACGUCGAUGAGCGGUAUAUCUAUUGA